AUUCAUCUCUUCAUCUCUUAACAUAUGAGGUUUUAAAUUUAAAGAAUACUGCACUUCAAAUACCGUAGGCCUAUCAGAUGUUACUACAAACAUGGCUAUUGAGAUCAUAAUACAUAGAAUUUUUUAAUUAAGACUUAUAAUGGUAAAUUGAAUAAAUGUUAAACAAUGGUGACUUCAAUAAUUUUAGAAAAUAGUUUCAAGAAAUUGAUUGUGUUAAUAGUGCUAUUAAAGCUAUGGUCGUUAUCGCCUACAGUCGCUACACAAAUGGUAAUGGACUCGAAAUCGGUGCUGCUCGUUCAGGAGAAACAGAAAAAACUGCAGUCUGUGAUGUCGGAGCUGUCCAGCAUAGCUGAGGAGACAAAGGCGGCCGAGGAAGGAGCCAUAGCAAAGCGAAACCUAGCGGAGAAAUCGCAAACUGAAUACGAAAAGUUGACUGCUGAGGAGUUGAUGCAGAUCGCCUACUCAAGGGACUCGGCCUUAAGGGCGGACGCCGCCCUCAAUAAGGUGCUCGCCGACGAGGAGGCCAUCAACGAUAUCGACAAAAAGGUAUUCGAGCUUAAGUUGAAAAACACACAGCUGAAAAAGAAACUUCUGCGCACCGAAAAUGAACUGGCCAACGCUCAAAUUCAGUACAUAACAACCCGCAAUCAAACUCUGUACCCCUACAACGCAGAGAAGGACGUGAAACUGAAAGCCAACGCUAACAUCAACAACAUGCACAAUGGUUUGGACUUUUUAAACCACUUGAACUUGGAUGCCAAACGCGUAUUUGACUUAGGCGACCAAGUGUCAUUCGUCAAUGCCUCCAACAUUAUCAGUGGACCUAAAGCGCUCAGGAGGGGUUUCGUCAGUGAAGGCAUGUUCGAUUCUUUGAAAGAAGACAAGCAACCGGAUAGAAGCAAACUAAAUUUAACAGAAAUGUUGAAUAAUACUUUACAGCAACUGGAAACCACAGAUGUGUUAUCAGAAAACCGCAACAGUUCAAAAUCAACGUUAGAUAACUUCUUCCCCUACAACCUGAAUCUGUUUCCAUCCUACAUGAACACUAGCGCCGCCAGUCGUGAAAGCGGCGAACUAAAUUCGCCGUCAAAUUUAAAAGACGAUCUGGCCGUGAGGCCUUGGGAUACAGCCAGAUUUAACGGCGAUAGCUUGUUGGAUAUGUCGAUACCCAGCAAUAACGAAGCUUCAUUUGCCGAUACGUUUUUGAAUAGUUACGAUAACAACACUAUGGAUAAGGGGAAGAGUUUAAGUGGUGGAGGGGAUGUGGUAGCUGCGUAUUUGAAUAAUAGUAAAAUAUUUUGAAAAUGUGUGGAAAAUCUAAAUGAAAAUCGUACUUUACGAUGGACAAAGAGAUGAGUUUCACUGGAUGAGGGAAUAUGGUGACAGUUUACUCAAAUAGCAGUGACAUUUUGGAGGAGAAUAUGUAUCCUAAAUAUACGUGUAUUAAAUUGAUGCUUACA